CUACCUCCUGAUUAGCCUUGCAUAUGAAGAGUGCUUAGGUAUUUAUUAAAAAUUGUAUUCCUUUUUAAUAUGUCAAAGGACAGGAUUAAUAUAAAUUUCAGUACACUACUUCCUUGUAGCAAUAGAUCAAACAGACAUAAUGAGUUGCAAGGGGAGCAUUCCCUGUGUCACUGUAUCCAUAAUAACAAUUUAAAACAGCAGCUGUUUUGAAUAUGAACCACUAUGUUAAAUAUUAAAAGGAAUCAUAGGUACUGUGUCUUUUCAUUUGGUAAGAGGAACACUUUGUAUGAUUAGCAGGUAGUGUGCUGUCUGUUGUAACUGUUAAAAUUUUGAGAAUAUCAGAUCCUUACUGCCUACUUUCUGAAGGAGUAUCCUUGAAUAAUAAUGUACUCCGUAGGAGUAUUAACAAGUCUUUGCAUUGUGUUUUUUCUCUGCAUCUCAAAUUAUCAACUUGUUCCUUUUUAAUAUUCCAGAUUUCAUCACCCAUCAAGUUGCUAAUGAAAAGUGACUGUAAAUGUUGUUUAAAUGUAUGUUAGAUAUAACAGAAAAUAGUAAUUGUAAGGUGGAUACCACAAACAGGAAUCAUACUCUUAAUUGUUAUGUGAAGUUUCACUGUUAACCAUAUUGGCAGGGUAUUGAUCACCUUUCUUGUGCUCUAAAAAGAACAUGACACUAAUCAAUAUGAAACUGGCUACCAUUUGUUUUUAAGGUGUGUCACUGCGAGAGUCUUUUUUAUCAGCAGUUAUCCAAAUUGCAUAUGAUACCUUUUAUGUCUAAGAUUGAUGUAAACUUUUAUUUGAAAAUUUAAAUAUCUAAUUGCUCUUGCAAAAUAAUUUGUCAGUAUUAUGCCCAUGUUCUUAAUUUUUGUGAAGUUUUCACUUACGGUAUCCUUGUUUUAAGGCAUGCCAUGUGCCAGUGAUAGGGAGAAGUUUGCUGUUCGAGUAUUUUUCAAAUCCAUUUCUGCAUUUAUCUUCACACAUCUGCAGAUUUAUAAAUACUUCAAGCAGGAUUUCAGCACUUGUGCUUCGUUAAUUCUGCUCUUACUGAAGUCAAUGGGAAUUUUAUUAUUGCCUUCCAUGUUAGUAGCUGGUUGUUGCUUUUCAGUUUUCUUUUAUGUAUCUCAUAGCUAUUUUAGUGUAUUGCAAUUUCAGGCGCUCUGAAUAAUUCCCUGAAUACAGGAAUUGUAUAAAGAGUCAGAAAUAAUCCUGUGGUCUAGAAAUAAGAAUAAGUCAGAAGAUUCACUGCAACAAGAAUCUGAAUUUUAAUGGUAGAAAGAAAAGCAGUUAUUUUCUUAGUUAACUUGAUAACUAAGGUUAUCUUUUAUCUUUAACCCAUUUCUCCAUAGUCUUUUUGCCAGUGAUAUUUGACAGAUCUGUGUGGGUGGGGUGGGUUUUAUAGAGGAUUUUACACACAUAAGUGUGCAGGUACAGGCACACUGCUAAAGCAGUCCAUCUGUCUAAGGAAAAAUUACCACAUGCUCCUCUUUACCUUUGUUAGUAAACUUCAACUAAUCUUUGGUAUCCAACAGUGGUUUUUAAAUGACUUUGUUUGAAUGUCCUGCUUCCAAAGGAUUAGGAGGCAAGAUAGAUCUGAAAUGUCUGUAGAUAGUCCUUGCUAAAUGGGAGGGAGGAUAAACAUGUUAUCAGGCAAGACAGAAACUUUAAAUGACUAGUUUGUUUAAAGAUGAUUGUUGUCGCAGACAUCUUGUUAUGAAAAAUCCUUUCUUUAGGAUUUUUCCUUCUGAGAAGCGGAGACCUCGGAAACAGUGUAAACAAUGGUUAUCUGCUGUUGUGGAAUGCAACAGGUGGAUCCAUGAUUGGUCUCCUGUGGAUGUUUUGAUUCAGUGACCAGUCACGGUAGAGUGGGCUCUCGCUCUUGGUCCGAGCCAGCUGCUUUAGUUAUCAUUCUUUUCUAUUCUAUUCUUAGCUUAGCCUUCUGAGGAAACCUUUCCUUCUAUUCUUUUUAGUAUAGCUAUAAUGUAAUAUAUAUAUCAUAAAAUAAUAAAUCAAGCCUUCUGAACAUGGAGUCAACAUUCUCGUCUCUUGCCUCAUUCAAGAACCCUUGUGACCACUGUCACAGUUCGUGUUUAUGGGAAGUUUGUUAAAAGGAAACAAAGACUUCUCAAAAUCUAAAAGAAUUGUUAGGAUAGACAGAUUUAAGGUAGUUACUUAUUAAUGGAAUAAAUAGCUAUCAUUGACUCUUGAAGAGCAAUUUACAUAAAUUUGUUAAGAAAUAUGAACUUUUUCAAUCAGUGCUAUUUUCAGAACUUGAAUGCAAUUAAAUAGAUUCAUUGAAAUAUUUGACAGCCUAAAUAUCUGCAUAGGCCUUGCAUCAUUUUUAACUAAUAAAACAUUCUCUACCAAAACAUUGCUUUCUAAGUCACUCAGGUAUUUCAGCUACUAUGUUUUCAGGCCAUGUCAGGAUAGAGGAAAAAAUUGAUAUUUUGUUAUAGAUUCGUUAAUGACCUUUAUUCAAAUUAACUAGGGCAUGUCUGUGUGUCUGUUGCUAUUCAGACUGACUUGGAUAUGUCAAAGCCACAAGGUAAUCAGUUGUGGGAUUUCAGUUUUAAGCAUAUGUAAGCUAAAACAGAUGUAAACUACUUUUUAUUAUCUCUGUCUUUGUGAAAAUGUUUGUUCAAGUCUUUUGGUUUUGAGAUUUUAAAUGCAAGAUGUGUAGGGUUUAUCAACUGAAAAAUACCAAAACUCUUUAUCAUAUUAGUUCUAAUUAGCUAUCACUUGCAAUGUCAUUUUGUAGUAUAAUUAGGGGCAAAUUGUGGUAUAAUUUGUGGUUUGAUUUAUGUUAGCAUGCUACACAGAACAAUAAUUUUGUCUGUUCUGCUGCAUUUGGUACCAAUUCUCUCUCUGUGCAGGAAAGAUUUUGAAAAGUUUCUUUGCACGUAGGUGGCUUUCAUCAUUAGAUCCCGAGUACAGAUCAGGGUGAUGUGGUAAAUGACAAAACAGGAGAAUAUAUCUCUGCUUUUUCACAGUUGCUUUGGGUCAUGUGUAGGACAGAAGUUAACAUCUCCAGAGUAGUUUGACUUGGAUGAAAAGGUUGUUUCUCUGAUUUAUUUGUGUCUCAGUCUUAAAGUCUCUUUUGCAGCAAAGUUUGCAAAUCACAGAUCCCUCAACUGUACUAUACAUAAUAAAAAUAAAUUAAUGAAGUAACUUUUACUUAUACAAAAUUGAGUUCAUUUUUUUCCCCAUCCAAAACUGUGUUCAUGCAAAAUUUGUUAUAUUUGCCAUUUUCAGUUUUGGAACUGGCAGUGAAUUCCUUCAAUGGAAAUUUGCAGUGUGCAGUGGUUUGACGGUCUGUUGGCUGGUAUUAGCGUUCUCUUCUCUUGAAGAGUUCCUAAGAUGAAGGAAGCCUUUCUAAAAUGGAGCCAGGAAUUAAGUGUUAUUAAAUGGCUUGAGAUUGUUUGAGUUUUGAUGCCUUCCAAAUUUGCCUCUGCUAACUUUUUGAAAUUGCAGCUGACAUCAUCUCUAAUUCACCAGUAUGGAUUUAAAUGGUCCUACUUCGUGAAGUUUUCUAUAUGUGAGGUGGUGGUUGAGGGUUGCUUUAUCAUGUAUUGACCUGUGUCAUCAUGUGUGACAAUUAGUGGCCUUCUACUUCCACACACAUUUCUGAUGUCUGUCCUUGUAAUACUUGGUCUCCUUUACUGCAGCAUUUCAGAGUGGAGAUCAUAGUGAUAUGUGGAGAUCAUAGUGACUUUCCGCAUCAGGACAGAAUGUGGAAAAGGCUUGUUUCAGCUACUAAGAUUUUUGCCAUACUUGGAAAUUUAGCUUACAGUGGUAUCAACAUCCCACUGAAGAAGAACUGCGGAUUCUUGCAGGGAAGCAAAGAGGGAAAAGUAAAAAAGAUAGAAAAUAUAAUGGUCAUAUUGAAAACAAACCCUUAACCAUUCCAAAAGAUAUUGAUCUUCAUCUGGAAACAAAAUCUGUAACAGAAAGGGACACUAUUGCAUUGCAUUACUUUCCAGAAUAUCAGUGGUUGGUGGAUUUCACUGUUGCAGCUACAGUUGUGUAUGUGGUGACAGAAGUCUACUACAGUAUUAUGAAGCCUUCACAAGAAAUGAAUAUCAGCAUAGUAUGGUGUCUCCUUGUCUUGGGUUUUGCAGUUAAGGUACUGUUUUCAUUGACUACCCACUAUUUCAAAGUUGAAGAUGGAGGUGAAAGAUCAGUCUGUGUCACUUUUGGUUUUUUCUUCUUUGUGAAAGCCAUGGCAAUACUCAUUGUGACAGAAAACUAUCUAGAGUUUGGAUUAGAAUCAGGAUUCUCGAAUUUCUCAGAAAGUGCUAUGCAGUUUCUCGAAAAACAAGGUUUGGAAUCCCAGGGUCCUGUGUCUAAACUAACCUUCAAAUUGUUCCUGGCUGUUCUGUGUUCACUUAUUGGUGCUUUUUUGACAUUCCCUGGCUUGCGACUGGCUCAAAUGCAUCUGGAUGCUCUGAAUUUAGCAACAGAAAAAAUAACACAAACAUUGCUACAUGUAAACUUCUUGGCACCUUUAUUUAUGGUUCUACUGUGGGUAAAACCAAUCACUAAGGACUACAUUAUGAGCCCACCUUUGGGCAAAGAGAGCAUUCCUUUAAUGUCAGAAGAUACAUUUGAUACCAUCAGAUUGUGGAUUAUAAUCCUGUUGUGUGUUUUACGGUUGGCUAUGAUGCGUCGUCAUUUACAGGCCUAUCUGAAUUUAGCCCAGAAAAGCGUGGACCAGAUGAAAAAGGAAGCUGGUAGAAUAAGUAUGGUUGAUUUACAGAAAAUGGUGGCUCGGGUAUUCUAUUAUCUCUGUGUAAUUGCACUGCAGUAUGUUGCACCAUUGGUAAUGCUUCUUCACACAACUCUGCUCUUGAAAACACUAGGUAAUUAUUCUUGGGGCAUCUAUCCAGGAUUGAAUUCUGACACUCCAGUAGAAAACAGUCUGCUUCCCAAUUCUGUUUAUUCUGAGUCUCCACCUGCUGAUGGAAAGAUGAAAGUAACUGUAGUACAAAUAACAAUGGCUCUGGGAAGCCUAAAGAAUAUUUUCACUCCUCUCCUGUUCCGGGGACUCCUGUCUUUCCUUACUUGGUGGAUUGCUGCUUGCCUUUUUUCUACAAGCCUUUUUGGUCUCUUCUAUCACCAGUACCUGACUGUGGCAUGAACAAGUCAACUGACUGAGCAGGUGUGAGGUCAAAUUCUAGAUACAAGGUAUCCCAGGUACCCAAGAGGAGAUGAAGACAAAAGAAAGCUAUAUAUGUGAAGAGAAGACAUAUCAUAAUUAUUUUUAAAGACUUCCUUGGUGUUCUCAGGGCGAAUAAUCUUAAAAUGUUUAAAAUUGCAACUGGGUUGUUAUUUUUGUUACCCAAAUGGUAGGUAACUAAUUCAGUUAUAGUCCUGGGACUGACUGACAUUAUUGUGUUGUAGAUGGUGAUAAGCAUGCUGAAAAGAUAUGACCUCUGAGUAUCUUGGUUUCCAUAAACAGCAAGUGAAACUCAAAAAUUUGGUUUUUAAGCAUCAACAGUCACUGACUGAACUGUAUUCAAAGGGUACUGGACAUAGUGAUGAUGGCUGCCUAUUGAUUAAGUCUUGAAACUGAGCCAUACAAGUGAAAGGAGAGAGAGGGGAUUAAAAAAAAUCUGUUGGAUAGCUAUUGAUCACUUUUCUCCUUGGAAAAUUAAAAAUCCAACAGGACAAAAGAGAUACUGUAUAUUACAGUAAGGAAAGUUGUAUAAAACAUAAAUUAAACAGGAGUAGAUGUAUGUACCUGACAGGUAUUGCUGCCUACAUAUUUUGCAGGAGUGCUUGUGCAGUAAGAAGAGAGUUAUAACAAUUAUAUUAUUUCAGUCCCUGCAGUCAUUUUGUAGUAAUGGCCAUCUGUAUUGGUGCUAGUAUUGAUCCACACAUUGCGUCUGGAUCUUUUAAAUUUCUUCCUUUGAGGUAGUAGAUAAAUUCCAUUGAGUUUACAAAAGAAUAGAAAAUAAUUAGUGACACUAAACAUUUCAAAACCAAAAUAAUUAGUGACAUCAAACAUUUAAAAUCAAAACAGUUUAAUCCUGCUGACUGAUAGCAUAUGUAUAUGUGUAAUGUACAUAUAUAUUAUAUAUCAAAUAUAUAAUAUAUAUGAAAUAUGGAAUCGUUAUUUUAAAUUCCUGAAUGUAUCUUACAGUACUAUAGGAGAGGGGUGUAUAUGUAUCUAAUAAUUUCAAGAUUCCCUUUUGAAAUUAAACUUCUAAAUUUUUCUCUUUUUUUCUUUUUUUUUCUUUUUCUUCUUUUUUCACUUCAGUUGAAAGGGCUAUUUGGUUUUUGUGCCUCUUUAGAGGUACUUAGCUAUACUAAAGAACUUACUAUGUCUUGGAAGAAAAUAUCUACCUAAACUGUUAAUCUUAAAAUUUCUGUUCUGUCAAAUCAUCAUCUUUUGCCACUUUAAUCUGUGCUAACUUGACCAUAUAAUGAUAAAUUAUAUAUCUUGGCUUCAGAAAUAGAUUUUCUGUAUAAUAAAACAGCCAUGUAAUAAGAAAAAGAGCAAAGUAUUAACUUUACAAUUUUUGCUUAACUGGAUAGAUAUAUUCCAGUCAUAAAGUUAUUUACAGUUUUUCAGAUGUUUUGUGUAUUUGCAAAACAGGAAUGGGGAUUUAUAUGCAGUAGCUUUUUUAAACAGUUAAUAUUAAACUUCACAGAGGUCAGUGGGUUUUUUAGCUAAUACUAGCUGGUUUUAUGUUACUGUUCUUUUUCUCUUGAAUUUGUGUACAGCUUUGGCAUAUAAUAAGCAUUUAUAAAUGGAAAAGCUUAACUAAUUUUUUAAUAUGUAGCAAACCUACCAUAUGGGAGAACAAACUCAAUGGAUGCAGAAAGUCAAGAUUUUAAGCUGGUGAUAAACUAUCUUGCUGUGUUGAAAGCUUUUAAAGUUAUUUAUUAGUUUAUUAAGUUGCAUUUACUGGAGAAAGAUUUUUGUAUACCAGCAUAGUACCUACUGCAUGUGUUUGGGACAUCUGAGAACACCUUGCAUGAUGCUACUGGUUUCAUUGCAGUAUUUCAGUGUGACUGGGAGUGCAAGCUGUGUUGUUUUCACACCAAGUUUUUGUAACUAAUAGGGACAAACACUUAACUGUGAAUUGGUCUAAAGAAUAAUAUUUGACCUCAUAGUUUCAAAUUUCAGUCAUUCCUUGGAAGUAUUUUUCAGAUGAAUAAUUGAAUGACAAAAUAUGACAGAUCCAGUAAUACUGCGUCCACUUUUGCAUCAGUUCAAGAUAUAUCAUUACGAGAUACAUCAUUACUAACAGAAUUAGUAAGGCCAGCUUUUAAGUUAGAGUUAGGUGUUCAAUGCCAAUCUUUUGUUCAGAAAAUAAAAUAAUGCAAAACAAUUUGAUUCUGGUAGUGAACUUGCCUAAUGAAGCUCACUAUAUAGGAGAUGUACCUGUUGAAAUCUGAAGGAGUAAAUUUUGGAUACUUGAGAAUACUUCAAAAUAAUGUUAAGGAACAGUUUUUGCUGACAUAGUCAUUCUGAAAGCUUAUAAGCAAAAGUGAACUGUAGCUAUAUAAUAAUGCAUUCAGCAAAAGUAAUAAAGAUCAUGUAGCUGAACUGCACAAAGCUUUUGCUAAGAGCUCAUGCUGACUUACUAUUCAGACAUUACACUGAUCACAGUGAAAAAUAGGCACCUAGUGUUACAAACAUGAAGAUCAGUGCUUGUAGCCACUGAGCUGUUCCAUUGUUCUACAGACCAUUGUUGUGCAGAAUUGAAUGGUUGACCUUCUGGUCAGCAGUGAGUGGGAGAUGGUCUUUCUUUGGAUCCAUUUAAUCCUGACAUGAGUCCAGAAGGCUUAUGAAAAACUAAAAUAUGAUAAUAAAAGCCUUUGAAACAUGUGGUGACAGUGAAACCAGAGGGACCAUAUUGCUAAGGUUGUGAGCAGUGCUUCGGACAAGUAUGUGGUAUGAUCAAAAAUGUGUUUUAAAGUAAAGUAGCAACCCUGAUCGUCCUGACUUCCAUAUGUAUUGUGUAAGGUUCAAACUUACUUCUGUAGUAAGUUCCUUUGAAACAGCAGCUGGCAAAUGCGGUUUUUUUUGUUUGUUUCAUGGAGACCUUUAGCAGCACCUGGCAGUGGGGGGAAAGCAUCUUGCAGAAAUGGAAAAGCAAUAAAAUGUGGCUGAAAGGUUGGUAGAUGUUACUCAGGUUUCUUAAACAUUUUGUCUUGAUUUUUGCCCACUACUUACUAAAAAAAUUGUAGAAUGUUUUGGGUUGGAAUGAAUCUGGAAUGGAUCACUUUUCACCAGACCAGGUUUCACCAAGCCUCAUCAAACAUGGCCUUGAACACCUCCAGAGAUGGGCAGCCAUAGCUUCUCUGGGUAACCUUAUCUAGUGCCUCACCACCCUCACAGGCAAGAGUCUCCAUCUAAUACCUAAUCUAAAUCUCCCCUCUUCUAGUUUAGAAGUGUUCCCCCUUGUCCUAUAACUUCCUGCCUGUGCUAAAAGUCAUUCUCCCUCUUUUUUAUAAGCCCCCUUUAAGUACUGGGAGGCCACAGUGAGAUCUCCCGUAGUUUCUGAGAGAUUUUAGAAGGAAAUGUUCCUUUGGCAAAGAGUCCAUGUCUGUUUCUUCUCAAAUUCUGAUCUCCCUUCUUCUCUUGGUGAUGUGACUUCCAUUGCCAAUCUACAGCGCUGUCUCUGUGUUCCCUUCUCAGAACCAAGUAGGCUAAAUUAGUUCAAGAUUGUAUUUUGACUUCUGUUUAGUUUAAAUUUAUCUGUUUUUGAAGGAUUAGUUCCUUUAAAUAGUUCAAAUAACUUAAAAUUCCAUCUGAAAUAUGAACAAACUUGUUGAUAUUUGUUUAAACUCUGCACUUUUAUUAUGUGGGUCCCUUUAGACAAAGGGUAAGACAGCGAAAAAUCCAAGUCUUCCAGCAAGUUCAGGGAGGUCCAAACAUAACACUUGGGCUAUUUCUGAGCUAAGAGACAUUGAUUAAGAACAGGAGAAUAAAUGAUAGAAAGCCUAUUCUUACACUUUGUAGGUGACAUUCUCAGGCUGUGCUUGUCCUCUUUUAAUUCCUUCUCAAACUAUAGGUUAUGCCAGUUUCUGAGGUUUUCUUAGCUGCACAGUCUUUCCCUCCUCCAGAAUUCACUUGCAUAAAGGAUCCACAGAUUAAAUCAUAGCAUCAGUAAAAGAGAACAUCCUUGUACAGAAGAUACUUACAGAAAAUUAAUUUCUGUUGCAGUUCUUCUUAUUUGGAUCACAAGUACUGCAAGAUGUUUAAACAGAAAUGUGUUCAUCCCUGGAUUGUAAAGUCAAAUUUGUCUUAAGAACAAAAAUGCUACCAAGACAUCAACACAACAUUUAGGCAGCAUCACCUCACUCUGUGUAGGGUUAGCAAGUACGGAAAUUUCAGCUAACUUCCAAGGAACAAUUCAAAGAGCUGUGCUUCCUUACAGUAACUACACCUAAGUGGUAAAAGGCAUUUGGGAUAUAUCAAAUUAAAAAAUGAGCACAUCUGAUAUUAAAGCUGUUGGAAGGUUCUCCAAGGUAAAAGGCCUUAUGUUUCUUUAUUCUCAAAUAGCUGUGCUUUUCACAGAGAUAAUUUUGAUCAGUUUUCAAAUACUGUGCUUCAUGAUUUUUCUCAUGACAUAUUUUGCACAUUAAUUUAUUCCACACAGCACCUCUACACCCAGACUUAACCCCACAGUUAAUGUUGUCACUAUAAAGUUCCUAGAUAUUUCAACUAAAAGUUUAAGAAUUGAGUGCCUAGACAAAAUGGAGACAUUGAACGAGCACAAGGCCAAAGAAUACUCUGUGUUCUCUUGGAGGAAUCUGUAUGCCUGAGCAAAAUCUUGGAGGAAGGCAGCACCAGUUUACUUGUAUCUUAAAUAAAAUAUUAAAUGUGAAUUAUGAGUAAGACUGUUAUUUUUAGCAUCUACAGCCUAAAUCCCAAAUGGUAAAGAAAGAGCAAUAUUUUGACCUUGCAGAUAUCUACUCUAAAGAGCAUCUAGGCAACAGAUGCUUAGAAGCCAGAUGUCUGAUCUCAUUAAGCAGGCUGAUUCAGAUUGGUGUUUGUGCUUCAGAGUGAUUUUUUGCAACUCCUUUUUUAGGAAGGCCUGCCAUGCUUUGUGACCUGUGCAGCACAUACAGUCAUGUGUGCUGUAUGAUGAAGUAGAUGGUGUGUCUCAGUUGCAUUUCUGAGUACUAGACUGAAAGGUCUUCCUCCUCUAGGUGAGAUCAUGAAGCCAACAUGUCAGUUCCAGGCUGCUUUUACUGACAUCUGUAUGUGCUGCACUUAACCUUUUCCAGUCUCUCACUUUGGGCUGCCAGAAGGGUAAUAUUGCACUGGAUGUUGUUUUUGCAUGCCAGUGUAUAUGUAUUUUUAUACCUUUGAUUUCAAUGGUGUUUUUAAUGAAAAUUAUUUUUAAUCCUAAUACCGUGGCUCAUAUUUUCAUUUCUUAAAAUUAAUGUCGGUGCCUGCAACUAGAAGUCAAAAACUUCUACGCUAUUUUUUUAACACUUGAUGCUUAGGCAGAAGUAUUAGCAGGUAUGCAGUUUUAUAGUAAAGUCCAAAAUCCACCUAUAAAUACCAGAUUUUUUCCAUGUGAUUACACAUCAGUCAAGAGCCCUUAGAAUUUGUACUUGUGGCAUUUUUUCACAACAACAUACUAUCUAUAUGACCCUGCUGCCUAUAAAAUACAUAUCCCAAAAUAGUUUGAAUAACUUUUUACAAACUCCUUAGUAGUGAGUCAUUAUUCUUUUAUUGUGCUGCAAUAUAUUUUUUAAAACCUGGCUUAAAAUUCCUUAAAGUCAGACUUUUUCUUUCUUAAAGUCAGACUUACUCUCUCUUCCUCUGUUCAUAGUAACUCUGCCUCCCAUAUGUGCUCUAAGCUUCCAGAAUACAUAUUCACAGUAUUUUUCAUAAAAGCAUAGGACGAAGAAAAAGGCACCAAAAAUUAUAUUUCAUAACUGCAGUUCAUACCCAUGUCACGAUAUGCCAACAGUUUUUAUUUUUCCUAUCUUUGGUCAUUUCUUUGUUCCAUUGUUAGCAGUAUGUAAGGCUUUCUAGGAGGAAUAUACAUGGAAAAAAAUUCUGUAAUGGAAGAUACUGAAAGCUGUCUAAUGUUUCAGUCUUCCCAUUUAUGUGAGCAAAUAUUAAUGCAAAGAUGCUAUUAAAUAAUUUCAGCCUAAAAAUUCUCAAAAGGUAGACAUGUUACACAUUGCACAGGGAACAUCUUCCAAGUUGUAAAUAUUUUACUUCAAAUCUUCUACUUGUCUCAUUGUUGCUGUGAACACACAAACUCAAUGUUGUUUAUCAGUUAAUAGUCUUUUUUAUUUUUGUCUUUAAGUGAAAAGCACAUAAUACUUUCUACUCUAGAAUAAAGACCUAAGACAAAAAGAUUCCCCUACCUUCGUUUCAGUAUUUAACAAAUGAAGACUCUGGUGUUAUAUAUGUAAAUUUUUAGCUUCCUCUUACUGCUACAAUACUGUUAAAAUAUGAUUUUUAUAGUUACAGCUUUACAAGUACUAAGACUGUCUUGCUUCACAAUGAGGAUGGUGUCAAGAGGUGUUUGCGUUAAAUGGAUAUGGUGCUGCAUUACCUGUUGUUUAAAAACAAAUCGACUUCUAUGCUUUUAAAUAUUCAUCAGGAUCUGUGAUCAGAAAAGCACAGCACAAGUUGAAAAAUCUCACUUUGGCAUGUUUUUUUGGUUAUAUUUGGAUUUUUUUAGUGGUCUGGAUAAUAUUUGGGUACAACUACUACAGCUAAUAAGCAACCUCCAAUAUUCUUUUUGUACAUUGUAAAGUGCCUAAUCGUGGGUGAUUCUGGUAGCCCUUGAAAUAGGCUUUGCUAUGAAAUUAUUUUUUUCAUACAGUUUUUGGCAUAUGUAAUAUCAAUGUGUUGUUUUUUACUAUUACAUAUUGAAAACAAGAUUUUGAAGAAAUCUUUUCCAUUCCUCUUACUUAAGUGGUAAUCUAACGAUUUUGCCCAUAUAUGACUGAUAAUUGAACACCCCUAAUUUAAAUUAACACCCCUCCCUCUGCCACCUGCCACCUCUGCAUUGUUUUCUUUAUGACUGGAGCAAGUACUUACAAGAUUUGGAAUGGUUUGACUUACAAAGUUCUGUAGUGACACCUGGGUGUUAAUUAUAUCCCAGGCACAUGGGUGAUUUCAGCCAGGUAAGUAGUUCUGCUUGGGCUCAGAAAGGCAACAUUUCAGUGAAGGUCACCGAAUCUGAAUUGAUUUGGAGCACGAAGAGUACCAAUUGUGAUACCGCUGACUGACACCAAGCUUCCAAAAGUUGAACCUUGUAGAAUUUUGUAGAAUUCUGUUAGAGAGUAUUCGAUAGUGAAACCCCCCUUACUCCAAAACUGCUUGUCCACCUUCAGAAAUGCAAGAGCUGAAGGUAGAAACUGACUGGUUCAGCAAGGAGGUUAAAAAAGUGAGGAAACAACAGGCCGCUGCUCCUGCAUUAAUGAUACAUUCUCUAUGUGAAGUGCUUGUAAGUUGAGAUGGUGUUGCUCGUUGAAAUCUACCAAAGGAAGCCUUCUUCUGAGGAAGGCUUGUCACAGCAUGUUGAGCUUUUAGCUCUAAAAAGUGGCUAUAGAAAUCCGUACUGUAUAUAGUACACUCUCUGGGAAAACCUGGUACAGUAAGCUUGCUAAAUAUUUCCUUACACCACUUGUAAGUUACAUUUUUUACUGUAGAGCAGUUAAGAAGCUAGUUUUGCUUUGCUCAUUUUAUAUUAAUGUGAAAAUAAUAAGAAUUGGUUUGUCAUUUAAAUGCCUAAAUUUCUUUAACAACAGUAAAUUUCACAAAACUGAAGCAAGAUUAUACUUUCUUAUUCCCUAUUCAUUUUGUUGAAAUGUUACAGUUUAACUCCACUUUUAUAAUGCAUACAUUAUUAAAAUGAAAUUUAUGUCUAUUAGUUGCUCAUAGUAAUACCACAGCAAAUCUAAGAGAAACUGUGAUAUCUGCUGUUUAUCAAGUGGCUCCAUCAACUUGCUUGCCUUUGUAAAGCGUUAACCCAUGUUGGACAUAUAAUGUCUACUGCAGUAAUGUUCCUAUAGUAUUUUAGUAUCCUUACAUGUACUCUGCAUGCCUUGCACUUGUGCACUGUAAAGAAUUAAACUCAUUAUUUUACAUAGGUUUUCCCAUAUCCAAGAUAAGACAAUUUCCAAAGCCAAAGAUCAAUAAACGUUUAUUGUCUACCAGUGUGCUUUUUUCCUACUUUUUUUGAUAUAUACCGCUGUUUAUUAGCUUACAAAAUCUCCAAAGAGCAUGCAAUAACCAGGCUU